ACAGCGGCGGCUGUAGAGGCGAGCGCGGUUGUUGCCGAGCGGUUGGGGAGGGAGAGGUUGGGUUGGCGGUGCCGCCGCGCUACUGUUGUCGCGGGGGCCGCCGGUAAACGCCAGCGAGGCUGCGGCCGUGCCCCGCUCCCGUUGCGGGCGGUGCGUGCGCGGCUGCCCGAGGUCGCGGGAGGCGGCGGCGGCAGCAGCAGCAGCGCUGGUAGAGAAGGGAGGUCUGCUCCCUCCUUGCGGCAGCAGCAUGAAAGCCGUGAGUCCCGUCCGGCACCCCAGCCGCAAGGCGCAGCCCGGCGUGGCGGGCGGUGGCGGCGGGGGGGGACACCCAGCCCUGCGGUGCCUGGCCGAGCACAGCGGCUGCAAGGGGGGCCCGCCGUCGGGCGAGGAGCCGGCGGCGCUGUGCCUGCAGUGCGAUAUGAAUGACUGUUACAGCCGGCUGAGGAAGCUGGUGCCCACCAUCCCGCCCAACAAGAGGGUCAGCAAAGUGGAGAUCCUGCAGCAUGUCAUCGACUACAUUCUCGACCUGCAGCUGGCUCUGGAGACGCACCCGGCGCUGCUCCGGCAGCAGCAGCCGCCGCCGCCCGCCCUGCACCCGGGCAGCUGUCCGGCGGGCACCCCCAGGACCCCGCUGACAGCCCUCAACACUGACCCGGUAAGAGGCUGGCUCUGUUAACAAGCCGGGGGACAGCAUCCUCUGCCGCUGACCGCCGCUCCCCAGGUGUGCGGCGGCGCCGCGCCGCGCAGAGGCACCGCGGGGGGCGGCGGGGCGGGGAAGGCGGCGGGGAGGGGGGGGGACGGGGACACCCAGCCCGGCCCCGCCGCACCGGAGGAAGGAGCCAUCCAACACCACCACCACCACCCCCCCACCACCUCCUCCUCCCGCCCCCGAGCGGUUCCCAUGCUUCAUCCCGGCAGAGCCAGCCUUUUCACCGUUUUGCACGUCCGUAGCGGUCCCCCCCGCCUUUUCCCUUUCCCUGUUUUCCCCCCCUCCGUCCUCCUCCCCGUCUCUUCUCUUCGCUUCCGACCAGAUGUGAGCGGUGUGUCCCGCGGUGGCAGGAGGUUGUCGGACUCGGAGCAGGAAAAGUUGCGACUCUCUCUCUCUCUCUCCCCCCCCCCCCUUCCCCCGGGAUAGAGGACCCCGAGCCUAAACCAGACUUUUUAGAAGCGUUAUAACUCUUAUAAAGGGGACCGAGCAGCUGAACCUUGAAGCUUUACUAAUCUACCAGAGCAUUUGUAGAUAUAUUUGACAUCUAUUGUUUAAAAUAGAUGGAUUUUAUUGGGGCCCAGGGAACUUUCUUCUCCCUGCAGGAAUGUUACAUAUUGUAUAGAUAAAUGAGUGACAUUUCAUACUGUGUAUAUAUAGAGAUGUUCUAUAAGUGUGAGAAAAGUAUAUGCUUUAAUAGACUACUGUAAUUAUAAAAUAUUUUUAAUUAAAUAUUUUUUUGUAAAUAUUAUAAAGGUGUGUAUGUGUUUUUUAAAUCUGUGGGAAUAUCUCUAGAAUACCACAGCUCAAGUAUGGAGCUGCUAAUAUGGAAAUAUCUUGAAUGUUUAGGGCUCUUUUUUUGUCCCCAAAUGUCCUUUAGAUGCGGAAGUUAAAGCUAUAGCUAGUGGUCCUGCAUGAUUGCAUGAGAUGUCUAAUUGCAAAUAAACUUGUUUGGAGUCCAUACAAAUGUGUUUUCCUCAAUCUAGACUUAAAAUGUUUGUAAGUGUAUUAUACAUUUUGAGACUACACUUUUGUCAUGUAGGCACAGGGGUUUUUAGUGCAUUCUAUUAAAGUAGCAGUAAGAUGUAGUGGUUUUUUACCAAGAAUAGAAAAGCAAAAUUCUAUCUAGUUUUUGCAUUAUGGGGGCGAUGCUUUAGAUCUUUAUAAUCAGCUUUUUUUCUUAAAAUCUGCUGUUGCAUCAGAUCAAGAAAUUUGUUCUGGAACUUCAUUUAGCAGCAAAAGGCUUUAUUGCAAACUUGCGUUCCUACAGCCUAUUAAUUGCUUAAAAAGUGAAAACAGUUCUCUGCUUGCAACCAAAGGGCAAAUCAUUAACAAAAACAGUUGCUGUUUCCUUCGUCCAAAGAGUAUUAAUACUGAACUGCAGAAGGGCACAUGGGUAAAGUCGUCAUGAUCGGUGAUGUAAAUUCAUCUUAAAAUGAAUUUAAGUAGACCAAAAAUCAGAUAACUGCGUCAAGAUUAUUUUUCUAGUACAAAAUGACUUUCAUUUCACUGCAGCUAUGUUACAGUUAAAAAUCCUGUUUAAUCUCUGUGAUGUGUAACUACUACAUGUGAACAUUAAACUAGAUUUACCUGUCUUUAA